AUACUACAGGAAAAGGAUUUCACUUCCUGAUUCAAGAGUGCUCCCAUUUGUUUCUUUAUGCUACUACACAAGGCUGCCAACACUACAUAAUUGACGCAAACACCAAAACAAAAUACCGUCUGCAUGAGGUUGGAGAAAUGAAGCAUACUAUUUGUUUGGAAUCUUAAUUACUAUGGCCUCAAACUUACCUAAUUAGAAGCUUCUCAUAAUAAGGAAAAUUAUUUUCAAAGUCAAUAAAUUUGCAAGUAGAAACAAUGCUGUCGUCCCAGAAUGAAUGACCCACAUUCUUUACAGACAUAGUCCAGCAACUUCAAGCUUCUUAACAUCAAAUACAUUUUGUGCAGAAGAAUUAAUGAUGUCCAGUCUUCACAGCAAGGAAAAUUAUGACAAAUAUACUAAGCCUACAGGAAACCCUAGAGGGGAGAAGGAGAGAAGUCUCAAUUUUAAAGAAUUAAAAGAUUGGGGACCAAAAAAUGCCAUUAAAAUCAGUACACCUGCAGCCAACAAAAUGCCACACUCAGCAGCCAGCUUACCACUGAGAUUUGGGAGGACCACGGGAGAAGAAAGAAGCACUGGAGAAAUGGUCAGUUUGCCUCUGAAAUUUGGAAGAUACAUGAAGGAAAGUAUCUCAAGACGAGUUCCUAAUCUGCCACAAAGGUUUGGAAGAAUGACCCAAAGUGUCACCAAGACACCAAGUGAUUUGUUCCAACAAUCCAUGUAUCAUUCACCAUCUGCCAAUGUAUUAAUUUGCCCAAUGAUCAGUCAUCCCCAAGAAACCCAGAUUCCUAGGCAAAAAUACCCAAGGAGGCUGGAAUUCAAGAACAUACAUGAUGUAGAACUGAAACCAGAAAAAUAAGAAAUCCAGAGCUGUCCUUAAAGACAAUACAAAGUUGUGACCUGCAGUUCUGCAGGGAAGAUGCACUCUUUAGA